AUGAAGCGGUUUUGUAAUGCAUUCUCUGGGCGAUCAUUCUCCCUCUUUGUGCGGCGCCUCCCGGCGGUGUCGUCUCUCCUGCAGCUGCAUCAGCAGCGACCUUUUCUGACCGCUGCGCCCACUAAUGGUGGGGGCAUUUUGGGUGAUGGCGAUGUGCGGGAGAGGGAGGAGACGCACCCCGACUUUCAGCCCCGUCUUGUCAACACCGAACUCGCGGAGGAUGAAGUUGCCAUGGUGAAAAAAGACAUUGACGACACGAUCCAGACGGAAGAUGUUGUCGCGUUUAUUAAGGGCGUGCCGGAGGCGCCUAUGUGUGCCUUUUCGAAACGCCUGAUUGAUAUUUUGGAGGCGCUUGGAUUGGAGUAUACGUCUUUUGACGUCUUGGCACACCCGGUUGUGCGGACGUACGUCAAGGAAGUGAGCGAGUGGCCGACGAUACCGCAGUUGUUCCUCAAGGGCGAGUUUGUAGGCGGACUCGACGUCGUGCAGAAGAUGGCGGAGGGAGGCGAUCUGCAGAAGCUACUGCAGCAUAAAGGAAUCAGCUACCGUGGUGGACAGUCGUGA